GGGAGACCAUCUGCUAUGCGACGCGGCGGCGGCGGCGGCGGCAGCUCGUAAGGAGGCGAGAGAAGAUGAGACCGCACCGUCUAACUCCUCCGGUGGGAAACGUCAUGCUCGAGCGCAUCCGCGACGUGAUCGCGCUCAAACGAAAUCGAUACGCACUCGAUUAAUCCGACAAUGAGUAAUGGGACUCGACGGUCGAGGUGUAUAGAGACGUUCGUCGCAACGAAGCUCUAUUAAUUGCCAACGUCAACGGUAACGGAGUUGAUUAGCCGGGAGGGAAAGGAGAAAAAAAAAGGCGAGUGACGGUGUCGAAGGAUGGCGCACGAGGCGAUUGAACUUUAUCCUCUGAUCCCCUUAGCCGCGCGCAACAGAGUCCGUUAUGCUUUCUACUAGGUUUCCAUAAGUUCCUUUUGUCGCCGCGUGAUUUUCCGCUUUUCUGGACGCGAUUAUGUGAUCGCGGCAGGGGGCUUGUUAGCCGUUGAAAUUCAACGUAUCGUGAUAGUUUCCUACGCUCUUAGAAAGGCCACCGAGUGCAAUUUCAUGCGCUCCCAGCAGAACAGAUCUAGAAACCACACGUUGGCCAACGGCCAGUUCGCAUGUAAGAGCGGCGAGGGAUAUCUCCCGCGAGUUUUGGCGAGCUCCGGCCCCGAAUCGGACGAUACUGAUUUUGAGGAAGGGAAAGAGCGACGCGAUGGGAUUUCAAUUGUAACGCAACUGUUACAACGAUUGAAUCUACCGGGUAAAGCGAUCAUUUAUGAAAUAAUUUAAUUUUGCCAGUUGUUAUUAAUUAUGAAUGUAAUUCUAUCAAUUUUAUUAAAUUACGAUAAGAUUGAUUUCUAUAUUCCAUAAUUUUAUACGUAAUGAUAUUUCUAUCAUUUUUGGAAGCAAGUAAUGAUAUGUGCAAAUUAAUCGAAUUAACGAAGCCAAUUUGGUGCAAGAGAAAAAGUUGAGUAAAAUAUAUAAUUGAUAUAUUCGAGCUAUUUUCGUGCAACGUAAGUUAUAAUUUACUUGUUCGAGUGAGAUUAUCAUCGCCAUCAUAGUUGGUUACGUGCUAUUCGAAUUUAAUCACAGUAAUACGGAAUUGAACGAACUAUGCUUCGGACGUGUGCACGUCGCUUUCUCGGCCUCUCUUCGGAGAUCCGAAGGAACGAUUAGCGAAUUGUGUAUGCAGAAAAAUCUAGUUACCGCUAUAAAUAUCUCGAUCGCGCGGUUGCGGCUUAUUGCGCGCAGUGCCGUCCCAUUCGAGUCACUUUCACGAGAGAGCGCUGAAUUUGGCGCACGGCGGUAUCACGGUGUUCCGUGUCGCGUCACAUUCUUAUAGGGUUUCACCUGGCGAGUACGUCCCGCGCCGUGUAACGGUACCGGUGUUACGUCACGAGCACACACCUGUCACGCAUGUGGCGGACAAAGGGUUGCACCACACGGCCUGGUAAAAUAAUAACGCGGAAGGAGGGACCGGUGCUCGCGCAUCGCCAGAUAUCUGAUUUCCGCAGCGAAACUUGGGCAAGAAAGGACACGCACAUGAUGGAGAGGACGUGGCGGAAUAUACGGACGACCUUUCUCUUAUUGCUGCCCUUAUUAUUGGCCAGUGUACGAAGUGAAGCACCGUUGGUCGACAGCAGCGCGUUGCCUUUGGAACACAGGUCUGUCUAUGGGGCCCCGGCUCAGUACGGCCCACCGGCCGCCCACGAAGAGAACUGGCCGCUGGCGUCGCCGGACACUCCGCAAAUUAAGCAUCUGCAGGUGCAGUGCGAGAAGACGCACAUGCGGGUGAACAUCGAGUUUGAUCGGCCGUUCUACGGCAUGAUCUUCAGCAAGGGCUUCUACUCGGAUCCGCACUGCGUCCACUUGAAGCCCGGCACCGGCCACCUGAGCGCGACCUUCGAGAUCUUCCUCAAUUCGUGCGGCAUGAGCUCGUCAGCGAAUCAUAACGUGGCCGCCUACGGCGCCCCGACGCCGUCCGGUAGCUACGUGGAGAACACGAUUAUCGUGCAGUACGAUCCGUACGUGCAGGAGGUGUGGGACCAGGCGAGGAAGCUGCGCUGUACCUGGUACGAUUUCUACGAGAAAGCAGUCACCUUCAGGCCGUUCCAGGUCGACAUGCUACACGCCGUAACCGCCAACUUUCUCGGCGACAACCUGCAGUGUUGGAUGCAGAUACAGGUCGGCAAGGGCCCCUGGGCCAGCGAGGUGUCCGGCAUCGUCAAGAUCGGUCAGACCAUGACGAUGGUAUUGGCUAUCAAGGACGACGAGAACAAGUUCGAUAUGCUGGUGAGAAAUUGCGUCGCUCACGACGGCAAGAGGGCGCCGAUUCAGCUGGUCGAUCAGUACGGCUGCGUGGUCAGGCCGAAGAUCAUGUCCAGAUUCCAGAAGAUCAAGAACUUCGGGCCGAGCGCAUCGGUCGUCAGCUUCGCCUAUUUCCAGGCCUUCAAGUUCCCCGACAGCAUGAACGUCCACUUCCAGUGCGUGAUUCAAGUUUGCCGGUACAAUUGCCCCGAGCCCAAGUGCGGGCAUGGUCUUGAGUACGGUGCACCUGCCGGCGGCAUUAGUCACGAAUAUGGCGCACCAGUCUCGCAAGGUCUCUCUUCGGAGUACGGUGCCCCGCCUGUGCCCGAAUACGGCGUGCCGCCGGCUUAUCCUGAUCCGCGACAUCCCAGCGGACCGGCCGGGGCAUACAGCGAACCGAGUCCGGACGUGGUUCCGGCACCACAAGCGCAGACCUCGUCCUCUUCGCCUAGCUCGACGCCGGGUGAUGCUACGUCGAGCAGCUCACCCCAGAGUCCUCAGGAUAAUAUCCACCUCCCUCCGCCUCCUCUGCCCGGCCAUCCGGCGGCGUACCAGACUGUGAAGCGAAAAGGAACCGCCGGCACGGAGGAGCUUGAGGGUAAUCUAGCCAUCCUCGGAGGUAGACCGAGGUCGGUUGAAGGUUUCCCAGCUGAGCUCAGAGGCGCUAGGAGGCGAAGGCACGACGAGCCACAUGACCUCGAAGACGACGAUAGCAAUAUCUAUCACACGGUGACCCUGUUCUCCACCCACGUGUACAAACGAGCGGCGCAGGAGAUGACGGACGUCAACACCUCGAGGGUCAUCCAGGUGGUCGCGCCGGGCGACGUCAACUUCGCGCUGGGCACGACGAACUCCAGCAACGACACCACCGUCGUCAUACAGAACGCGAGCGCGUCGACCGACCCGGAGACGAUCUGCAUGAGCCUGCCAGGCUUCGUGGGCGGUCUGGUGAUGCUGCUGCUGGUCGUCGUGGUCGCCUCCCUCGUCGCGGCCUUCCUCUUCGUCAGGGUGCGCGCUGUCGACCGCAAGAACGCCGCGAUAGGCGGAACCGCCUUCGUACAUCCGGCGUACGCGACCGAGAAUUGCAGCGUGCCGAACCCGGAGUUCGUGAAAGUCGCCAACUGAAGAGGCGUGUUACGGUGCGCAAAAUCAAAAAACUCACUGCGAGGAGAGAAGGAGGAGAUCCCCCUCCGGAGGAUCGUCGACCUCGACGACGGGCAAUGCUUCGGGACCAUCGACGCUAUUUCAUCCGGAACGAAACUCGAAACUCGAGACACGUUACACUACACACGUCGGAGAUUCUCCUCGUCGAAAGUUGCAACCGCGUUUCCGUCCCCCAUUCUCCUCUUCCAAUGUGGUAGCCGGUAACUUCGGUGUCUAGUCUAGUCGCGUCGAUCCGCGCUCAUCGCUCGCGAUUCGGGGGAGACAAUGACUAGAUCGAUAUCGAUUGAGAGAGAGAGAGAGAGAGCGGGAGCGAACAUUCGAUCGAGCGAGGAGGGACGAGGGGGAUCUUCGAGUACAAAACGUCUAAACAAGAGGCCCGGAAGCACGAGCGCUUUGACGAGGAAGUGGCGGAACGGAGGGGUGGAGAGGAGAGGAGAGGAAGGUAAAUGGGAAAGAGGAGCCACUGACGCGUGCUCCACCGAUCGUCCGGAAUCAGCUUUUUUUUCCUUCCGCCAAUCAUCGCGAUCGAUGGUGCGCGCGCCACAGUGACGAAAUAUCGCGAGUCGAUCUCUCCGUUUUGACGCUUCGUGAUCACCGCGGUGGCAAUCAACGUAAUUUCCAGGUACCGACGUGGCGGCGGCUCGGUAUCGGGGAGCGAGAGAGAGAGAUCGAUCGCGUAAUCGCCAGAGUAGUCUCUAAUAAGGAGGGCAUUUGUAAAUAAGUCGCGCGGGUAGUCAAACGGCCCUCUUCAGGACCCGCUUUCAGGUCUCGCGUCUCUCCGAUCACACCGUGUGUACGCGCUAUUAUUUAUACACGUAAUACUUCAACUACGAGUGUUUCUUCUUAUCUCGCCUUCGUUGUACCUCAUCUCACGCGUUUCGCCGCGAACCGCGCGCGAGUUUGGCGUCGCGACGCCCGACGUCAUACGCCGACGUCGGCGGCGACGGCGGCGGCGGCGGCGGCGGCGGCGGUGCGCUCGGUGGUACCGUUAUUUCGCGUACUUAAACCUCUCAAGCGGUUCACCGAGCGCUCCCGGUAAACAUGUUUGUGUCCCCGAAAAUGGGCUGCGGAGUCGUCCGCGAAAAACGCAACGCUCGGCACUCGGAAAGUUUAAUUCAGGGCGAGAGGAAUUGCCCCCCUCCUCCCCUCGAAAACGAGGAGCGCUCGCUAAGCCGCUUAAGACACAACGAGAAGACUCUAUUUAUUAGCUCUUCCCUCUCUAUCCUUUUUCUAACUCUACAUUCCGAUCGAUCUAACUUAAUUUAUUGAUCAAAAUUGUACGACAUUACCCCUACUUUACUUUACUUCGCUUAGUAUUUAAGGCUAUCUGUCGAAGAAUAUUCCCGGAAUUUGGGAAUAUGUUUUACGUAUGUGUUUUAAGCACACACACACAAACACAAACGCAAACAUACACACGCAUACAGGACACGCUCAUUCCGACACAUACAUGAACAUGUGAAACGUAUGAAAUCACACACGCAAUGCGCGAAAUGUGUUGUAUACGUUAUUAUACCAGCGCGAAAAAUGUAUUCACAAAACAUCCGUUACAAUUAAUUGUUUGAGAAUUAUUUUAAUUACAUGAUCAUUUUUAUUUAUAUAAAUCUGCGCGUUUCUCCUCUUUUUCUUGACCAUCUUUCCCUCAUGUAAAUUAGGAAAUAACGUAGCGUAGAUAAAAAGAUCAUAAUUCGUUUUGGAA